UAACGUUACACAAACUUUUUGAUGAAAGAUUUUGUUUAUCGCAAGGUUAUAAUUGUUCAGGUGAAUUAUUUCAUGGUUAUAUUGUCAGCUACUAGCGAUUUAAUCCAAUCACAAUUAUACAUUAAUAUGAUUGAUGUGUUAUAAUUGAAUGAACUCGACAGUCGCUUGUUAUCACACAUGUCUCUAGAAUGACUCACCCGAUUACGAUUUCUUACUUCGUUUGUAAGAUCUUAGGUUCCAUGGUCUAGCGUAUUUGUCAUGUAAUAGGAAGUUAUUAAUCAAAACUUGAGGCAUCAGUUACCUCUUCCUUUCAUAACGAGAUUUGGUGCAGAGUCCAUUGCUAUAACCUAAACGAUUAGAAUUCGAAAUGGUUAGAAGAGCACAGUUACCAGAAAUGUCGGAUGACUCGGAUGAUGGAUCACUCAGCAAACCAAAAUCAACAAAAGGUUUGAAAGAAUUGGCCUCCACCAAGAAACAUGAACAACUUAGAUCAAUGGAAAAGUCCCAUUCUGAAUCCAGUUUUGUAAAAUUUAAUUCUAGUGCCGUUACAGGAAGUAGAACAUUUUCGAGCCAAAAAGUUGAAAGAAAAGGACAGCCACCUCAAAUUUCAGAGAGUUCAAAGGUUUAUUUUGAUCUCUCUAGCUUGGAUCAAGAAGAAUCUAAAUCCAGUGGAUUUUCAAGAACAAGGAAAAGAAAUUCAAUAGACCUUUUAGAGACACUCUCUCAAGAUGCAGACUCGACAAUCUGUGAAUCUUCGUCUAGAGAAUCUGUAUUAUCUGCAUCUGAGAACUGGUAUUCCUCGGAUGAGCUAGAAAGUAAUGGAGUCGGUGAAGAUACCAUUGAACCAGAGGUUACACAAGUACAGUACUGUGACAAAUACCCCUUGAGCCUUCCAACUGUGACAGAUUCUGAUACGAAUCGACAAAACCAAACGAAUGUGAAAAUCAGUUACCAGAAAUUGUCUCAAGAACUAGAAAGUCACAUUAAACCUUUGAAAGCUGCGAAACCUAGACAUGAAGUUAGGCAUCUGGACAAGAUAAAAAAUGUCUUGAUAGAGGCAUGGCAGGUGCCAAUGUAUGGAAGAGACAUUGCCUAUCGUUUGUGUGAUGUUUUGAGAAGUGAGGGUAUGCUGGAUAUGGUCAUUAACAAUUGCAGUUCAAGUAAAAAAGACAUUCUGAAGGCGUCAGCAGCUGUUUUAGAACAGUGUCUUUCUUGGGAAAAUAGAAACCAUGUAGCCAAAACUGGACUUGAAACUGUGGUUUCCAUGACAAAAAGAGAAAUUUCAAAUCAUGAGAUGUCCUACAUUAUUACUGGUAUUUUAGAGGGUUUGUUCAAAAUCUCUGAGGAAGCAUCAACAAAAAUUAUCAACUAUGGAGGACUCGAUGUCAUUUUACACUGGUCAAGGUCAAGUGAUAUUCGAAAUCUUCGACACUGUGCCAAGGCCCUUGCCAAUCUUUCGUUGUUUGGAGGUGCAGAAAACCAAGAGGAAAUGGCAAAAAGAAAUGUUCCAGAGUGGCUCUUUCCCCUUGCCUUUAUGGAAGAUGAUACAAUAAGAUACUAUGCAUGUCUGGCCAUUGUUGUUCUACUGGCAAAUAAAGAACUGGAGGCUGCUGUGAUCAAGUCAGGAACUUUAGAACUGGUUAUGCCAUUCAUAAACUCAACAAAGCCAUCUUCGUUUGCAAAAUGUGACUUGUCUCAACAACAAGGAAAGGAUCAUAUGUGGUUAGAAAGAAUGGUGCCCCUUCUACAGAGCAGGAGGGAGGAAGCUCAAAGUUUGGCUGCUUUUCAUUUUGCUAUGGAAGCAGGAAUCAAAGAAGAGCAGGGAAAACUUGAUCUCUUUUAUGAAAUUGGUGCAAUAGAACCUCUGAAGAAAGUUGCCAGCAGUCCCAAUGCCACCGCCUCUAAACUGGCUGCCCAGGCUCUGAAGGUGAUAGGGGAGAGCAUCCCUCACAAACUGACCACACAGGUGCCUGUCUGGAGUGUGGUGGAUGUAGCCCACUGGGUCGCUCAGGUGGGGUUCAAAGAUUAUGUCCACAAUUUCAUGAGCUGCCAAGUGGAUGGUGAUAUUUUGUUGCUUCUCACAGAACAGGAGUUGGAGAGUAGUAUCAAAAUAGACUGCAAGAUAGCCAGGAAGAGGUUUUUACGUGAACUGAAAUCACUGAAAAUAACAGCUGACUAUUCUUCUUGCGAUCCAUCACAAAUGGAUGCAUGGUUGAUGAAGAUUCUCCCUGAUCUCUCACAGUACACCUAUGAAAUGCUGAAGGCAGGCAUGAAUAAGGAGGUACUGGCCUCCACCAAUAAUGAGGAGCUGGACCAUGUCUGUGGAAUCAAAAAUGGCAUCCAUCGUCGCCUCAUCUUAGAGCAUGUAGAAGGCCUUCUAAACAGAAACACAAGAGAUUUAUACACAGCGAUACCAUUGCCUAAAUAUGGCAGCAUAGGCAGUCUUACUAGACAAAAGAGCAUAGAUCCUACAGGGUUUGCAUCAUAUCCAAAAGCAGUUGACGUUUUCAUCAGCUACAGAAGAUCUAAUGGAUCGCAGUUAGCCAGUUUGCUGAAGGUUCAUCUUCAACUCCGAGGCUUCUCUGUGUUUCUGGAUAUUGAUCGACUUCGAGCUGGCAAAUUUGACGAAAACCUGUUGAUGAAUAUACGUUUAGCAAAGCACUUCCUGUUAGUGUUGACACCAUGUGCAUUAGACAGGUGUAUGGGGGAUGACGAACAGCAGGACUGGAUUCAUAAGGAAAUUGUGACAGCCCUUGAGAGUGACUGUAACAUCAUCCCCGUGCUGGACAACUUUGACUGGCCUCUGCCAGAAGUGUUGCCCUCAGAUAUGCAGCAAGUGGUGUACUUCAAUGGAGUCAGAUGGGUGCACGACUACCAAGAAGCUUGCAUGGCUAAGCUUGAAGCUUUCCUCAAAAAAGUACCUGUCAUAGCACGCUUAAGGUCUGAGGAACUGCCUACGAUUCUGGAAAGACCAGCAUCAGAAAGUAAUAGCAUUUCAUCUGCUAUGACCUUGGACGAAAUUCUCACGCAUGAAGAUGUGACGAUAAAGAAAAAAAGUGACAACAGAAAAGAAAGUCGUAAAAAAUCGACAGCUUCAAACUUUAUAGAAACGAUAAAUUCUAUUGUUGAACAUUUUUGAAAAUAGUUGACCUUUUUAUGUCAGAUUUUUCAACCUUUUCAAUGGAAAUGCAUUAUCAAACAAUUAUCAAAAUAGAUGUACCGGCAAAUCUUCCUUGAAAAUCUACAAUUCUACUUGCCUAGGUGUUCACGAUUUGAUAUGUUUUAUUGUUACCUUUUCACUUUGGCGUUUAUUCCAUGGAGAUUUUUCAAUUAUAAAUUUUUUUACCAUUUAUAAAAUAUAUUUAUUAUGGGUAUUGCAAAUUUACAUUGUUUUUCUUUUUAAUGUACCUAUUUUUUUUAAACAUGAAUCAAGUUUCAAUUAAUUUACAGGUAUUAGGGAAGUUUCUUGUAGCAGAGACUUUUUAUUCCAUGCCCAAUUACUGUAAACCAAUUUAAAUUUGCGUUGACUUUAUUUCGCGAUUACCGGUAACUGCUGAUAAACUGGUUCGCAGCGAACUAAUGUUCGCGACGAAGCCUUAUCCAGCCUGUAUUGUUAUAAAAACUAAAGACAAAUGAUUGGUUUGCGGCGAAAAAUAUUCACAAUGAAAAGGUUCUCGCUAACUUAGCGAAAAUAUCUUGCAUGCGAAUAGAAGUUGGUUUACAGUAAUUGCUUCUAUCAUUUAAAAAAAAAACCCACUUGUUUUUAAUCAGUUAUGAAAUCAAGCAAUUGCUUGUUACAUACAGAAAAUUUGUAGAAUCAUGAACAUAAUGAAAUCUAUAAAACCUUAAUGUGUUCCAGGUCUACUGUAUCUAUAUAACUAAGCUUCCUUCUAACAGUUCUAACUCUUCUUAUUCAGGAAAAAGCCUGUAAUACCUCAAAGGAAUAUCAAACAUUUCUAUGAUUAUUCGCUGUGACUUCAAUGAGUUAUAGAUCUCUUCUAUGAAUAUGAUUUCCUUUAUCAGAUAGAGCUUCAGUUCUAGUCCCAACAUAUUCAUUUCUCAUUCAUCUGUUUAUUGCUAUUUUCAAAGGUACAGUUGAUUGUGAUAUUUCAAUGCCACCUAUUUUAGUUUAAAUGUCCACACUUAAAAACCAGUUUGAUGUGUGAAUGCAAUUAAAAAUUUUUAGUUGAAGUGAAAUGAAUUUACUUGUUAAUAACUUAAUUAAUUGAACUUUGUGUUUGGGUGUGGAUGUCGGCUUCGUGUGCAAAGAUGUCAGUGUAUCUCAUAUAUUUGUAAUCAAUCAAAUGAAACAACACAAUUUUCCUUAUCUUACUGUAAUUGAUAAAAUAGAUUCCUUUUUCAGCUCUCCUGAGCUGAGAGCUUGAUGUGACUUUCUUCUCUGAUCACUUAGUUUGGUGUAUGUCUAUUCUUCCAUUCCUUUAACAGAUUUUGCAGUAUUUCAUACAUUUUUUCCAAGGAAAAGCAUUAUUUCCUUUAUAUAAGAAUCAUUGGGGAUUUAAUGACUUUAGGGUCACUAGUAUAACCUUGUGUUAAUUUUGAGGGUGUAUCAUAAUGAAAAUCCAACAGCCAGUUAAUGCAUUUAUCAAAACAUGUAUUUUUAUAAAUGUUCAUCCUCAUCAAUAAUCACUGCAUUCCUCUUGAAGCCACCAUUUGACAGCAUUUUGAUGAACGGAGUAUAUAAAGAUAAAUAUCUUGAAAUUCUUCAAAGGCUUCAAUGCCACAAUUUGUGAUAUCACAUUUGAAACAUCUUCAUAAAGUGUUGAUUUAAAUUGGUUUAAAUCAUCACCCCAAGACCAACAGUUAGACCCAAGGAAAGGUACAAAGUUCAACUUUAAAAUAUUAUUGGAAAAAUCUUUUUAAAAUGGUUUUUAAUAAUAUCUUCAGUGCUGCAUUUUACUCAUGAUAUUAUUAUGCUGGCAUGAUGAUAUGUACACAUAUAUUCAAGAUUUAAAUUCUCCCCCAAACUUUGCAACCUUUAACCCCUCCCCCCCCCCUCUUUUUUUUGUGGGGGGGAGGGUCAAAAUUUUGAAAUAUGAACAUUGAAAAGGGAUACACAAAAUCACUUGAAAUAUUUACCUCAGGUGAUUGUAUUGGCCCAUGGACAUUUUUGACUGUAGCUAGAGAGAGAAAGUAGACUCUUGAAAUCCUGUUGCUAAAUUUCCUUUAUAGCUUUCCUUCAGCUUUAAUUCCUUCUAUCACUCCUUGUAGAUACGAACAUACAUUCUUGAGGGAAAUUAUGAGAUAAUGUAGGAAAAAUCUAAAACAGUGCCUUAUAUGAGAUUUUGACUCUUUCAUACUUUGACCAUUUGUAUUCACCCCCCCCCCCCCCCCCCCCCCCCAGUUAUUGAGUUAUUGACAAUUUGUACCUUUUGCAUGUUUCAACUUUUUAUGCCAGGGACAUAUUGGUAAUCCCAUCCACCAACUCCUCAUUUUUUUUUUUUUACUUUAACCUGAUUAUUUUGCAUUUACCUCUUGUCUAUACAUGUUUUUAAUUUCCAAUUUUAAUAUAUUGAAGUAAAUGCCUUAGUCUCUGAUUCCCAUAUAUAUAUAUUAUUAUACUUAAUGCAUUGCACUCCUAAUGCAAAAUUCCUCCAUCUAAAUGAUUAUCAUUCAAUAUAUCAUUCAGGAAUUUUACCAACAGCCUGCAGGCAGACUAUAAUUAUAUGGUGCAGUGUUUGGAUAUUUUUAUAAAUUCGUAUACAUGUAUAUAUACACCUAUUUAUGACAUUUUCAUGUACUUUUAUGUCUCUUUAGCAUGUUUAAAUUAUAGUCAAAGGUAUAAUUUCUUUGUACAUGUAUUCUAGUAGUUUUUUAAUGUAGUGUAAAUUAAGAUGUCAACUAAAUGUUGUUAAAUGAUUGGUAAAAUCAGGUGUAUACUAUCCAGUAAAAAGAACCCCUAAAAGGAAAUGUUAAUUUCAUUCAAUGUUAUAACUACAUGACUGUUUGUUAAACGACUGAUCUGGUGUGAAAAUCUUAAAAAGUUAUUAAUAUAUUUUUGAAGAUAUAAGUGCGCCUUUUUCAAUGAAGUCUUAAUAUGUUAAUUAGAUGGCCUAUUGAGUGAAUUGAAUAAAGCUGUAUAAUAUGUUAUCUGUGAAAUGUCUCGUGCAUGGAAUUAGAAAGACACACCCAAGAGAUAUUUCUCUAUUUUUGGCAUUGUGGUUAAGAGACUAGAAAGUCCUUAAUCUUUAGUUGUGGAGAAACAGACAAUUGCCGACAAAAAAAAAACCAAAAGAUCGGCAAAAUCAUGUUUGCAUUAAAGAAUGAGUUGUAUGCAAAUUUAUUUAAAAUAUGAUUUUUGCUAGCUCUUUAUCAAUUUUUUUUCCUAGUCAAUUCUUAUCAAUGUGAUACAUGUAUUGAUUUUUAUGUCAUGAGGUUUAAUUAUUUUUGUAUUGUGCCAUUUGAAAUUUUGGGUAGACUUGGUAAUCUAAAUUGUAACUAUUUGGCAGAGAUAUACUAGUACAUGUACUAGUACUAGUACUUUGCAUCAAUCAUACACCUGUUACAUAAUUCAUAUAUUUAUCAUCAUCUGUAAAAUUCCUUGUUUUUGAUUUUAGAGCAUUCUUUCACAGUAGACAAAAUUCGUAGUAAUUUAUUACACAGAUGCUUAGACAUAACAUGUCUUGCUGUUAAAUUAUUAUGAAAUUUACUAUGUACAUCAUUAACUGGUAUCACAAUUAUGUUAAUGAAAUGCCUUUUAAGAGCAUGUUUUUAUAAUUAUGCUACAAUAGAAGCGAUGUUGUUUUGUUGUCCAUUUGAUGGCCCUGUUAAGAUUUUUUGGGACGUCAGUUUUGUACAUGACAUUUUUUAACUUUACAUAUGUUGACAUGACAGCUAAUAAAGUUGUAACAUUGA